AUGUUGCGCCGCUCUCUUCGCCUGCUGCAGUACAACGCGCCGCUGUCGUAUCCGUACGCGCCGCCAAACCCUGCGGGUGGGCCGUAUGACGCUUCCACCGUCUCCGCCGCCUCUACCGCUGGUGCCAACAACAGCGGGGGGUACAACUACAGCAGCAGCAGCGGCGGCAGUGGGAGCCCCAACAUGGGCGGGGGGAAUCUCAUGCAGCGGGGCAACCGUGUCCACCUCAACCCCGCCUCGUUUGUGGAGAGCGUUCCACGCAACACAAUUUUCAACAUCGUUCCACAGGGCCGUCAGUACGUUGUGGAGCGCCUUGGACGGUAUCACCGUACUUUAGAGUCCGGUUGGUGGUUUGUUGUGCCGGUGCUGGACAAGAUCCGCUACUGCUACAGCGUAAAGGAGCAGGGGGUGGAGAUCCCCAAUCAAUCAGCCAUCACCUCCGACAACGUCAUGGUGGAGAUAGACGGCGUCCUCUUUCUGCGCAUCGUCGACGCGGAAAAGGCGAGCUACAAUAUUGAGAACCCCGUGUACAACCUGCUGAACCUCGCACAGACGACGAUGCGCAGUGAGAUUGGCCGUCUCGACCUUGACACACUCUUUCGCGAGCGGACAUUACUCAAUAAAAACAUCGUGGAAGUACUGCGCCGUGAGGCACACGACUGGGGCAUUGAGUGCAAGCGGUACGAAAUUCGGGACAUCACCGUCAGCGAGCUCGUGCGUCGCUCGAUGGAUCUGCAGGCGGAUGCGGAGCGUCGCAAGCGGCAACUCAUUCUGCAGUCCGAGGGCGAGGCACAGGCGGAGGUGAACCGUGCGGAGGGGCUUAAAAGAGCCCAGCGCUGCGCUGCGGAGGCACAAAAGUAUACCGUUCUGCAGCGCGCGGAGGCCGAGGCGGAGGCCACAGGAGUCAUGGCCGCCGCAAUCUCGAAGAGUGUCACGGUAGUCGCGGCGUCACUCGAGAAGACGCCGCGUAGCAGCGACGCCGUCGCCCUGCGUGUGGCGGAGAAGUACAUUGAGAAGUUCGGCGAACUCGCCAAGACGACAAACACGGUGGUGCUCGGGAAGAACGUUGGCGACCCUGCAGAGUUCUCGGCACAGGCGCUUUCAAUAUUUAACACCAUCAACAACGCGUACACAGGCGGGAAGGGAAGUAACAGCAUUGGCUGUAUUGGCAGCGGCAACACGUUGGCUUCUUCUUCUUCUUCUUCUUCCACUUCAGGCAAUUAG